UGUACCGAUCCACCCAUGGUGUCUAUGCCCAAUCCAGCACGGAAAUGGAUGUGCCCGACUCACGUUGAACAUGUUCUGGUAAGGAUAGUAAAAGAAUAUGAUAACCUAAUUAAGUUGGAUGUGCUACUUUUCAGCACAUGCAACCCCCACCGGGGCUAUCUCUCCCCCAGUAAAGCCUCCCUGUAUAAAUUAUAUUACAGUAACUGACCUUGUAUCUUGAUUAUCAAAUCAAACCAAAUCUCCUGAUAUUUUUUCUCAUUAUUAUAGCCGCGAAUGCGUCGAAAACGACAAACUAUUAUAAUGGAUCCUGCUCCCGGUAGUGGUGGUGAAAGUAGCG